AUGGCUCACCCCUAUGAGCCCUGGUUACGGACAGCGCCCUCCAGUGGCAACUCAGAGGACACGAACAUGGCAUCUUGGUGGGACAUGCACCCAGGGGGGGGCUGGCUUGACCUGCAGACGGGUCAGGGGCUGCCCACAGUCAGUGCUGGAGGAUCUAUGGGGCUUCAGUCAGGGAUGCAGUCCUCUUUAGGGCAGUAUGGCUCUGACCCACAGCUGUGUGGCCUGGCCUCUCAGCACGCACCCCCCUCUCACACGUCCCUUGUCUUUCCUCAGGAUGGCUUCAAAUUGGAGCCUAUAGGUGCAGAGAUGCUCCCACAGGAGCCGUACCCAGUGCAGGAGCCACAGGAGAGGCCUGUCUCUAUGCGUCCCAAACCCCAGAGACGUUCCUCGUCACGGGGCGGGGGUCAGGCCGCGUGCCGCUGCCCCAACUGUGUCCACGCAGAGCAGCUGGGACAGAGCGCAGACGACCGGAGGAAGCACAUGCACAACUGCCACAUCCCCGGCUGUGGAAAGGCAUACGCCAAGACGUCCCACCUGAAGGCUCAUCUGAGGUGGCACAGUGGAGACAGGCCGUUUGUCUGCAACUGGCUCUUCUGCGGAAAGAGAUUCACACGCUCAGAGGAACUGCAGAGACACAUACAGACACACACAGGGGCAAAAAAAUUGUCAUGUCCUUUAUGUAAUCGAGUUUUUAUGAGAAAUGACCACCUGACCAAACACAUGCGCUCACAUGCCCCUGCAGUAGAGGCUGCGGAGAGGGUGAAUGGUGACAAAGGCUUUGAUGGAACUGCUCCUCCUCAGUCUGCCCCAAACGUGUCUGCAUCGGACGUGCCAGAGCCCACGCGGAAGCUGAAGACUGAGCCAGACUCUGCUGUGACAGGGCAGUCUGGGUAA